AUGGAGCCGUUGUUUCGUCCUUUGAAUGCGUUUAAAUCAGAGAGACGAUUACGAAGAAGAGAGAGACGAGAAAGACGCGCGAAGAAAAUCAAACCGAGAAAAGACGAAAGAGUGUUGUUCUUUUACCUUUUUAUGUACUCACCGUACCGCUUUACUCCUUUUAUCCAACAUUAUUCACAGAGAGCGUAUAAGUUGGGGAAAAAGAAACGAUCGUACAACCAAGUGGAAUUGACGAUUGCGAAAGCGUUGAACAAGAACGCCGACGAGAAAGAUAUUUUACAAAUAUUCGAAGCGCACGAACGACCAAUUGGUAACGAUAUUCCUCGAGAUUUAGCGAACUCCGCCUUAGAGUACGAGUUACGCCUCACGAACGGGACGAGAGCGAGGUGCGUGAUUUAUCUCGUCUACGCGGAACCGAUGGGAGAGACGGGGAAGGAAACGCUGAAAAGACCGACGAGCGAACUCAUCGUCCACGGCGAAGGGAAGAUGUGGUUACCGGUGACGAGAGAGAGGUGCAAUAAGAGCUGCGAAGGGCCUAUUUUAAGCGCCAUUCAAAGGUUUGGGAAGCAAGGGAGGACGCAACCAAACUCUUCUUCGGCGACGACGACGACGACGACGACGCAACAAGAUUUAGGCGAUAAAUCAAACUGGAAGAACUCGAAGAACUUGUUCAUUUCCAUCGACGAAGCGUCGAACCACGUCAGACCGUUCGGUCCGAACAAAGUGAAGGCGUUUCGGCUGUUGUUUACGAUUUUCGAGGUAGAAAGCGACGCGAACGGACACGCAAUUCCAAACGUCAAGUUGAGCGAGGCAAAGUUUAUCGGAAGUGGAUUUUCGACGCCGAUUCGCGUGUACGCGAAUAACGACGUCCCCAAAGGCGCGGCGGCGAUGCAGGUGAGGUGUUCGCUGCAAUCGAGCUGGAUUGGCUGGAAGCAAGCGUCGCACGCGACGGAAGAGGCGUUGAAAGAGGCGUUUGCCGAUUUGCCGCCGGAGAAGCACGCCGGCGGUAAAGAAGAAAAGAAACCGAAAAAAAUGAAAACAAGCACGACCACAACGAAAACGACGAAAUCAAAAGAAGAAAAGAACGCCAAGACUUUGCUCGCGAAGGAAGUCGCGGAAGAGAAGAAGAAACAAAAGAUGCUUCUGAAAGCGGCGAAAGAACUCGAGAAGGAACGCGCAAAGGCUGCGAAGCAAGCCGCCGCGGUCACCGCCGCGCUUGGCGCAAACGGGAAAACGACGGGAAAACGAAAGAAUGGUACAGCAACAGGAGGAGCAGGAGGAGGACAAGGGCCAAUGGCAAAGAAGGGCAAGUUGAGUGGACUCCAGCAAAAGCGCAACUUGUCGCAAGCGGAACAUAUUGCCGCGAUGCAAAUGUACCAACCGUAUUUCGUCCCGUCGCAAUCGGGAGACGCCAUGAACGCCGCGAACAACGUCAGCAGCAUUUUUUCGCCGCUCGCCUCGGGCCGCUUCCCGCCCUCAUCUGCGGGUGGCCUCCGACGUUUAUCGGAUCAGAUGCCCAUAUCCGUCGCCCACAUUGCUGGGUUCAACUUGAACGAGUUGAACGCGUUGCAAACGCCGGCGACGAAUGGCAAUAACGGAAGUCCCGGAAACGCUGGCGGCACGCCACCAUCCAACGUGAUGAACAACAUGUACGGGCAAAUCAACGCGGCUGCGUAUGCGCAUCAGCAAGAACGCGCUGCCGCCGCGGCUAUUCUGAGCAUGGGAACGCCGCCGGAUCAACAACUGCAAAAUACCUUAGGCGGCGAUUCGACGUUGAUGAAAGGUUUCACCGUCGACGGGGAAUUUAUCAGUACCGCGGACUUACCGGCCAUGUGCACGCCGCCUGGGGGAUCAGCGAUGUUGGUCUCGCCAACGGAUGCGUUCUUACGCACAAAUCCAAACCUCACGACGGCGAAGAACGGGAGUAGAAAAGCAGCGAAGAAUACGGCGACGAUGAAAAAGAGCAACGGAAAGAACAACGCUCACGCAGCUUCCAUGCGAUUUGGAAACACGCCAGCGGCCAACUUGAAACCUCCAACCGCGUCGACGAUGAAGAACUUGCCGACGCUACCGUCGAUUGGUUCUCUUGGCUCCGCGUUCAAGCAAACGUCUCCGACCGCCGCGUUGAACACGACGCACGGCAAAAUGUUUUCGCAGCGAAGUUCUAUGUACAAUACCAACGCCGCCAACGGCGCGAGAGUAACGACGGCAUCUAAAAGGCAAUUACCGUUUCGCGAGAAAUCAGUCGUUGCUUCGCACAGAGUCGGCGAUAAAGAAGUCUCGUUCGCGAAGGAUACGAUGGGCGUCCCGGCUCGAACGAAUGUGAAUGGAGCGACGACGACCACGACGCGUGGCAACAAGAAUAGCACGAAGAAGGACACCGCGGCAAACAAUAACAACAACAAUAACAACAACACGAAGGUAACUGCCGCGCUCGCGGGGGGUAGAAAGGUCAGAGGACGUAAGAACUCUGUCGCGAGCGUCGGAGCUGACUUGGCGCCGACGCGUUUGCACUUUGGAGGCGUUUCGCCACCGAUGUCCACUGCGCAUAAAGGCUCGUCCCGUCGCUCGGGUGUUCCGCCGCCCAUGUCGAUGGUAUUAGAAGCAUCAAAUGUGGACCAUGAACGCAUGGAGGUGAACAACGCACCUCCAGUCGUUGAGAAGCCGAAAGCGGCGCGAUUGAGUUCCUGGUUUAAGCCGCAAGCUGAAGUCGGCGUCAGAGCCACGCGAUCGGCAUCGAAGAAACGUAAAUCGACCGACAACGUGGUGGGAGCUACCACAAACGGGGGCUUGCGAAAGUAG